UGAUGACAGAUGUGGAGAAAGAUAUAAAAGAAACAAUAAGCGCACGUGUGGUUGGCAUACAAUUAUUAAACCAAAAUUUUUUCAUAUAAAUUAGUUUGAUAAAGCCUGAGAUAACAUAAUGGUUAAAUCAAAGAAAGCCAAUUUAGCUUCAAAUAAAAAUGUAGCGCUGGAAAAACAAUUGACAGAAGGAAAGGUUGCGAAGCGAAGGGGCAAAGACAAGUUUCAUCUGCGCACAGAGGAAUCAUCGGUUUUGGAUAGUAAAACCAGUAAGAAAAUUUUAGCGGCGGCCAAAGCGCAACAACUGGAGUUUAAUGAGGAUAAUUUUCCGAGCCUUGAAGGGAAAAGAACAUUUGCAAAUGUCAAUAUAGGCGAGUCCAUCGAAGAGGAUGAAAAUAAAGAUGUCACGGAAAACGACUUUAUGGAUAAUUUGGAAAUUGGCCAGGAGGACGCUGAAGCAUUUGCUCGUUUCCAAAAUCCACAGGAAGGCAAACGGACUUUAAAGUUAUCGGAUAUUAUAAUGGAAAAGAUUCAAGAAAAGCAACAGGAUAUUCAAAGCAAACUUACGGACGAUGGCUCCUUAAAAAUAGAAGAUAUAGACCCAAGAGUUCGUGAAAUGUAUGAAGGAGUCCGUGACGUAAUGAAGCGAUAUCGAAGUGGGAAAGUUCCAAAAGCUUUUAAGAUUAUUCCGAGGUUACGAAAUUGGGAGCAAAUCCUUUUCAUAACGGAGCCCCAUAACUGGAGUGCAGCCGCUAUGUUCCAGGGCACUCGCAUAUUUUGCUCGGUCCUCUCACAUGCUAUGGCGCAAAGGUUUUUCAAUUUGGUCCUACUUCCCCGCAUACGCGAUGAUCUGUGCGAAUAUAAAAAACUAAAUAUGCAUUUGUACAAUGCACUAAAGAAGGCACUCUUCAAGCCAGCUGCUUUUAUGAAAGGAAUAAUAUUACCCUUAUUAGAAGCUGGCGAUUGCACUUUGCGGGAAGCAAUUAUAUUUGGUAGCGUUAUCGCACGCAGUUCCAUUCCGGUAUUGCAUUCGUCUGCGUGCUUGUUAAAAAUCUGCGAGAUGGGAUACACUGGAGCAAACUCAAUAUUUAUCCGCUAUUUUCUGGACAAACGUUAUGCCUUACCGUACCGCGUAAUCGACGCUGCUGUGUUUCAUUUCAUUAGGUUUGAAAAUGAUAAACGUGAAAUGCCUGUUUUGUGGCACCAAAGCUUAUUAACUUUUGCUCAACGUUAUAAGAAUGAUAUCUCGUCAGAACAAAAGGAAGCACUUCUUAAUUUGUUGAGGAAGCAAUCCCAUCCAAAGAUUACAUCUGAAAUUCGAAGAGAGCUAAUGGCUGCAACUUGCCGGGAUGUUGAAAUGAUGGAAUGUACUAAUGAAACUGCUGCAGUGCCGAUGGAAAUGUACACUGACAAAGAUGUGUGUUAUGAAUAAGAACACUAUUUUCCACACAUAAUAUUAUGUCUACUGAAGAAAGAAAUACGGAUUAAAGAAUAUAUUUUUUGAGUUUUA